AAAAAGAAAUCCCUGAAAUCCAUGGGAAAAGGCAAUAAACCAAAUAAAGCUGAAUCCUUGACAGGAGAAGAAAUUGGCAUCCUAAGGGGAAAAGGAAUUAUUGGUACACAAAAUCCAGAAGCACUACUAAAUGCAAUUUGGUUGAACAAUGGUGCAUAUUUUGGUCUGAGAGGUAGACAGGAUCAUGUCAAUAUGUUGUGGGGAGAUGUCCUACUUAAAAAAACAUCCAGUGGAAAGGAAUAUUUAGAAUUCAAUGAACGUAGCACUAAAACAAGAAGUGGGGAAAAAGUUGGAGAUUACAGACCUGUUCAGCCCAAAGUGUUUGAAGAACUACAUGCAGGAGAAAAAUGUCCCAUACAUAUUUAUAAAGAGUACAGGCGUCAUAGGCCUACGGUAGACCAAGAUUCUAGAUUUUACUUAAGGCCAUUAGUGGAACCAAAAACAAAUGUCUGGUUUUCCAAACAAUGUGUAGGAAAAGACAAGUUAAGUCGUAUUAUGAAAAACAUGGCUGAAAGGGGAGAACUGCAAGGACGUAAGGUCAAUCACUCAGGCCGUAAAACUUUCGCAACUACUUUACUGCAAAGUGGUAAGCCAGUAACAGAGGUUGCACAGUUGGGAGGUGGGAAAAACAUUGGGUCGUUAAAUCAUUAUUCUGUUCCGUCUGUUAAACAACAGGAAGAAGCAUCACAAACUAUUUCUAGUGUAAUGAUACCGGAAUCAUCUGAACAUCAUGACAGUUCUGACAUAUCUGAUGGACAAAAAGGUGAAAUUAUUAAUGUAAAUCAACCGUGCAGUAUUGUUCCUAUAAUUGGACCAAGUUCAUGUGUAGCACAAAUGACCAAUCUAUCUAGUAAUCAAAUGCAGUCAGAAAAACAAGACAAUCCAUUGUCACUGUUUUGUGGGGCCGUAAUUAGUGGUGGUACCAUCAAUAUUAAUAUUGUCUCUAGCAGCAAUGAGAAAGAGAAAACAUGUACCAGCACAGUGUCAAGUGAAAUUGUUUCAUCUCAAGAAUAACUGCAUACAAAUAAUAGACUAGUUUUAUUGU